UGGGCAUGAACGACAGAGUAUAUAUGUUCAAACAAAGUAGCAGAGACUAGAAAGAAGAAGAAGAUGGAUUCUAAUUCAUCUGUGCAUGUAGUUCUCUUCCCUUUCAUGUCAAAAGGCCACAUCAUUCCUAUCCUCAACCUCGCUCGCCUCCUCCUACUCCGCCGCGGCAUCACCAUCACCAUCUUCACCACCCCAGCAAACUCUCCCUUCAUCCGUAAAUCUCUACCCGAUACACAACCCACCGUCUCCAUCAUCGAACUCGAAUUCCCAUCAAACAUCCCGGAACUCCCGCCUGGUGUCGAGAGCACCGAUCAACUCCCUUCCAUGUCUCUCUUCGUCCCUUUAGCUAACGCCACCAAACUGAUGCAACCAGACUUCGAACGAGCUCUCCACUACCUCUCCGCCUCCGGCUGUGGUGUCAGCUUCAUAAUUUCCGACGGUUUCUUAGGUUGGACUUUGCAAUCCGCACAGAAGUUCUCCAUUCCAAGACUCGUUUUCUACGGUAUGAACAACUACGUCAAGACUAUCUGCCGAGUCCUCGCCGUGGAUCGUUCUCAUUUGAAACUCGGCCCGGACGAGCCCUUCACCGUGCCUGGCUUCCCUUCGAUCAAGCUCACCUUGAACGACUUCGAUGCACCAUUGAACGGAUCCGAAUCUGACGGUGCACACGUCGAGUUCAUCAUUGAAGCAACCAUAGCUACGUCCAAAAGCCAGGGACUCGUGGUCAACAGCUUCUAUGAGCUGGAGCCUGCCUAUGUGGACUAUUGGAACCGUGAGUUCGUUCCCAAGGCCUGGUGUGUGGGACCCCUUUCCUGGGUCGAACCGACAAGGUCUGACCGGAAAAAGGAGAAACCCGAUUGGAUCAAAUGGCUCGACCAGAAAUCGGUCGAGGGCCGAUCCGUCUUGUAUAUUGCGUUUGGGUCCCAGGCGGAGAUCACGAAGGAGCAGCUACGAGAGAUGGCAAUUGGGUUGGAGAGGUCGGAAGUGAGCUUCUUCUGGGUGGUGAGAUCAAAGGGUAGUGAAGUUUUAGAAGAGCUGGAGGAGAAGGUGAAGGGCAGAGGAUUGGUGGUGAGGGAGUGGGUGGACCAAGUGGAGAUACUCCGGCAUGAUAGUGUGAAGGGGUUUAUGAGUCACUGUGGUUGGAACUCGGCGUUGGAGAGUAUAUGUGCGGCGGUUCCGAUAUUGGCAUGGCCGAUGAUGGCAGAUCAGCACUUGAAUGCUCGAAUGGUGGCGGAAGAACUGAGCGUGGGACUGAGAAUUAUGGCAAGUAACGGGUCAGUUCGUGGGUUUGUGGGUGCAGACAUUGUGGAGAAGAUGGUGAAGAAGUUGAUGGAGGGAGAGGAGGGGGAAGAGGUGAGGAGGAAGGUGAAGGAUGUAGGGGAGGCUGCUAGGAAGGCCGUGGAAGAAAGUGGGUCGUCCUGGCGCACAUUGGACCAGCUUAUUGACGAGACUUGCAUGAAUAUGGACCCAACCCAUGUACUUCUGUGACAACGGUAAAUUUGAUGCUUGCUCGUCUACUUUGCUGGUGGUGGCUUUAUUAUAUUAUUGCUGCUAAUUGCAAUUGUUCAAAUGUGAUAAAAGUUCCUUAAAAUUGGUGUUUGGCCCCAUUUUUGGGUCGAGGUCACAUUGACUGAAGUAGCCAAUGACUAGUUAAUUUUGAUGUUCGUGACUAUGGCAUUCGAUGAACUCCCUCACGAGUCGUAAAUUCGGAAGUCCUAACUUUGACUCCCACUAGGCACAUCUUGGGCCACUCACAGGGGGGUGUU